UAUUUUGUAUUUUAGGAAUCAUUAUGGUGGAAGAGUAAUUGUACAGGUUGUAGAGUGUCCCACCCUCUUGUAAUAAAGAGGUAUUAAUAUUCAGGAUUUUGUGGUACUUGGAAGAAAGUUGUAAUAUUUCAUUGCAAGCUUUCCAGCUCUCAGAUGAGUCCACCUGUAUGAAAGCUUUCUUUCAGGGCAUCAGGCCAGAGGCAGCAGCAACGAAACAGUGGAGAAAGCGCAGCAAGCAGUGAACUGCAUCAGCGCCAAGAGUUAUGUCACUGGCCCUGCAGAUGCCCACCUGUGCCAAGCUGCAGUCCUGGGGUGAGCCUGGUGAGAGAUGGCUGUGGAUGUUGCUGGAUGUGUGCCAAACAAGCAAACACCACCUGUAAUGAAGCAGAGGUCUGUGACCAUCACAAGGGACUCUACUGUGAUUACUCUGCAGAUAAGCCUAGAUAUGAUAGCUGUUGGCUGUGAGCUGAGUGGUGUGUACUAUACCAAUGGCCAAUCUUUCCAGCCUUCUCCUCUCUUUUCGUGCCUGUGUGUGAAUGGUGCAAUUGGAUGCACACCGGUAUUCAUCCCAAAGUCAGCAUCAAAUGACUGUGCAUUGCUGAAGGACAAAAAAAAAGCUGGACAUUCCAAAUGUGCUUCAGGGCAUUUGGAAGAACGGCGAUCAAGACAUUACCGAAUAAUGUCAGCUUUCAGAAAUGUUCCUCUUGUUUUGAAAAAGAAAUGCCUGAUACAAGCAACUCCAUGGACACCUUGCUCCCAAACUUGUGGUAUUGGCAUCUCUGACAGAGUGACCAAUGGAAACAGUAAAUGUGAAAUGAGAAAGGAAAAGAGACUAUGUUAUAUUCAACCCUGCCAAGCAAAUUUUACAAAGAUUCUGAAGAUUCCAAAAGGAAAAACAUGUCGGCCCACAUUUCAGCUUGCUACAGCUGAGAAACUUGUCUUCUCUGGAUGCACAAGUAGACAAAUAUACAAACCUGUGUUUUGUGGAAUCUGCCUGGAUAGGAGAUGCUGCAUACCGAAUAAAUCUGUCAUGAUUACAGUACAGUUUGAUUGCCCUGAAGAAGCAUCCGUCAAGUGGAAGAUGAUGUGGAUUACAUCUUGUGUUUGUCAGAAGAUAUGCAAUGAUCCAGGAGACUGGUUUUCUGAACUCAGGCUUUUAUAAGAAAUGUGUGGGAAGAAAAUACCACCUCCUCCUUUUUUGCCAUGAAAAAGGUGGCCACAUCCGUACUGAAUGCCAUUCACCCAAUAUACUGUAUAAAAUAUUAACCAAAAAGAUUAUUUUAAAAUACUUUUGAAUGUCUUGAAACUGUAGGAAUAAAAAGAAAGUGUAUGAAAAAAAACCCUCUUAUUAGCACUAUUACAGUCACUCUGAACAAGAAGCAAACAACUAGUAGACUAAUUUGCUGAUUUCAGCUAGUGUGCUGAUUUUAAUACAACUCCUGAACAUAAUAAAACAGAUUUACUUCAA